GAAGUUCUUUCUGGAGUUGUGGUCAUAACAAGCAAGGACACAGUGCAGCACCAAGGGAUCUCCCUGACCAUGGAGGGAUCCGUGAAUCUGCAGCUCAGUGCCAAAAGUGUGGGAGUGUUUGAGGCUUUCUACAACUCUGUCAAGCCUAUUCAGAUUAUUAACAACACCAUUGAAAUGGUCAAACCAGGGAAACUUCCCAGUGGCAAGACAGAAAUUCCCUUUGAAUUUCCACUGCACUUGAAGGGGAACAAAGUCCUGUAUGAGACAUACCACGGGGUGUUUGUGAAUAUUCAGUACACCCUGAGGUGUGACAUGAGACGAUCUCUGCUGGCAAAGGACCUGACGAAGACUUGUGAGUUCAUUGUCCACUCCCUGUCACAGAAGGGGAAGCUGCUGCCAAGCCCUGUAGACUUCACAAUCACUCCUGAAACUCUGCAAAACGUGAAAGAGAGAGCCUCACUUCCAAAAUUCCUCAUCAGGGGACACCUCAACUCCACCAACUGUGUGAUCACACAGCCACUGACAGGGGAGCUGGUGGUGGAGAGUGCUGAGGCUGCAGUGAAGAGCAUUGAGCUGCAGUUGGUGCGUGUGGAGACCUGUGGGUGUGCAGAAGGUUAUGCCAGAGAUGCCACAGAGAUCCAGAACAUUCAGAUUGCUGAUGGGGAUGUCUGCAGAGGCCUUCCCAUUCCCAUAUACAUGGUGUUCCCUAGGCUGUUCACCUGCCCCACCCUGGAAACCACAAACUUCAAAGUUGAGUUUGAGGUGAACAUUGUUGUCCUCCUGCACGAUGAUCACCUCAUCACAGAGAACUUCCCACUGAAGCUCUGCAGGAUGUAAACACCCAGAGGAGAAUCAUGGAAGGAUUUAACUGGAAAAGGAUAAAGUUCUUCAGAGGCCAAGUG